CGAAUCUCAUCUCCUAUUUCCCCUGAGAGGAGUGGCUCGUUAUUCGCUAAUUCAGGCUAAUUCAGUGUUCACAGCGACAUUACAAGACAAGACUACUACAACAAUGAGACUGGGCUGUACCUGUAAUCGUCGCUGUUACCUGUUAGAGCGAAGACUCUGACCCUCAGUGCUUAGCACAGGGCCUGACGUAGUCAAAGUUCUCAGUAAAUACUUGAUAAGAUGAAUGGAUGUUUACUUACUGGUCUGGGAUAAAAGUGAAAGUGGGGACUGGCAUUGCACGGCGAGCUGGAAGACACAUAGUGGAUCUGUGUGGCGUGUGACAUGGGCCCAUCCUGAAUUUGGACAGGUUUUGGCCUCCUGUUCUUUUGACCGGACAGCUGCCGUAUGGGAAGAAAUAGUAGGAGAGUCGAACGACAAACUGCGGGGACAGAGCCACUGGGUGAAGAGGACAACUCUAGUGGACAGUAGAACGUCCGUUACCGAUGUGAAAUUCGCGCCUAAGCACAUGGGCCUCAUGUUAGCGACCUGCUCAGCAGAUGGUAUUGUGAGGGUGUACGAGGCGCCAGAUGUCAUGAACCUCAGCCAGUGGUCCCUGCAGCACGAGAUCUCAUGCAAGCUGAGCUGCAGUUGUAUUUCUUGGAACCCUUCAAGCUCUCGUGCUCACCCACCCAUGAUAGCGGUCGGAAGUGAUGACAGCAGCCCCAAUGCAACGGCCAAGGCUCAGAUCUUCGAGUAUAAUGAGAACACCAGGAAAUAUGCAAAAGCUGAAACCCUUAUGACGGUCACAGACCCUGUGCAUGACAUUGCAUUUGCUCCAAACUUGGGACGGUCUUUCCACAUUCUCGCCAUAGCAACCAAAGACGUGAGGAUUUUUACGUUAAAGCCUGUGAGGAAAGAACUUACAUCCUCUGGUGGGCCGACAAAAUUUGAAAUCCAUAUAGUGGCUCAGUUUGAUAAUCAUAAUUCUCAGGUCUGGCGAGUGAGUUGGAAUAUAACAGGAACAGUGCUGGCGUCCUCAGGAGAUGACGGCUGUGUGAGACUGUGGAAAGCUAAUUACAUGGACAAUUGGAAGUGUACUGGGAUCCUCAAAGGUAACGGGAGCCCAGUCAGUGGGAGUUCUCAGCAGGGAAGCUCAAAUCCUCCCCUAGGGUCCAAUGUCCCAAAUCUUCAAAAUUCAUUAAAUGGAUCUUCUGCUGGCAGAAAGCACAGCUGAGUCCCAGCUAACUGGAGUAACUUGCUGUUUUGCUGCUUGUUGCAUGCACACAGGAAUGGGACGCGAGCUCCUUUCCCCCUUCCCCAGCGCCGUUUGACCUCUCCCAAGAUACACCAGCAGCCUGCUUCCUACUAAACGCAAUCCAAAAGGCCUUUAAAAAUACAGUGUACAUCUUUUUUGUUUUUUUGGACUAGCCCGUUUAUUGACACUAUUUGAAAUUUUCAGAUUAUAAACAGAGAGGCUUUUUGUUGAGACAUUGUCACCAAAACAAUUUUUUGAAAUGUUUCUGAAACUAACGUGGGUUUUAAAAUGAAAGGAUGUUACUGCCAUCUUUAUUAGUCGUUGGGAGGAGGGAAGAUACCACUUUAUUCCACCUGAAAAAUAUAUUCAGGCUUCUGUCUUUUAUUGUCUAAAACAAGCUAAAAUGAAUUUCUAUAAUUUUAAUUUGAAGAUUGAAUAAAUAUUUUUCAUAAAGAUUGUUUUGAGUGCUAAUUUGUUCACCUUUUGUAGAAUUGGUUUAUACAUGAUAUUAUUCAGUACAACUCUGUUAUUUGUAAUAUUUCAAAAAUAUUAGUGAAGGAGUGAGAGAAGUAGUAGUGGAAUGAAAAGUAACUUGACUGUACAGUUUGUAGCCAAACUAAACAUUUGGUAUAGCUCCUGAUAGUUUGGUAGUAAAGUGAAAGCACCUUUGUAAGUUUUCAAUUCACAUUCGCUAGCGAGAAAUGUUUCUAAUAUGUGCUUUUGUAUAUUUUUAUGGCUUGAUUUUUCCUUCAAGUCAAAGUUUGGAAACACACUACAAGAAUCCGUUCAAAUUCUGCUAAAAUUGUGUGUGCACAUUAACCUCCACAUUCUGUGUCCCAGGGUUUUCUUAAUUUUGUUGGUGCUUAAUUUAGUUUGCAUCAUCUGAUGUCAGAGCUAUAAAUGGUGGCGAAAAUGCUUAAGUGUUAAGGGUAAGUUAUAAAAUGGUAGAAGAGUAACCAUAGAACAUAUUUUUUGAGACCUUUUACUUAUCAAAAUUUUGUAUUCUAAGGUUUUUGCAGAAAAACAGCUAAGUAUAUUCAGAGAUUGUGUUUCUUUGCGAGUACCUUGCAGUGGCUGGCUGUACCAUGUGCAAGUGCGCCUGAGUUGGUUCUCGGUGUCUGGUGAGCACUGAGAAACGUGUGCUGAGGCUACAGAUGAUGCGUUGCUUAAGGGGAAAGCUUAUUUGGUUUGUAAAUUACAGAAGAGUGUCAGAUAUGUUUCUGAGAGAUAAGAGUUUAAAUUAUAAAAUUAAUGUCUUUUGUAACAUUCAUACUGAUAUUUUUUUUUAACAUUUUAAGUUUAACAGAUUAUAUUUCUUUUUUCAAGUUUCUAUACUUGCUUAAGCAAGCCUGAUUUGAGUAAGGGUCUUGAUUUUGCUGUUAUGUUCUGUUAGUUUUGGCAUGAAUAUACUAAAGGUUUUUUUUCUAGCAUGUGUUUUUUCCUCUUUGGUUCUCUUUGUAUUUACUACUUUUCUCUUUUUCUUCUGUUUUUUCUUUUCUUUUUUCCCUGUUGUUUUGUUUUGGUGUUUUGUUCCUGUCUUCAUUGUUUCAGGUAUUUCUUUCCCCCUCUGGAUUCCCCACGGGCUGGAUCAAGAUGGUCCAGUUAUGCCCAGCUCCUUCCUCCUCCUCCUCCUCCUCUGGUAGAGCACUCUUGCGAUGCUGACACUGCCAACCUCCAGUAUCCUCACCCUCGCAGACGGUCUCUCUCUCGGCCUCUUAAUCCCUUACCUGAGAAUGAAGGGGUUUAAAAAACACUGAUUUAACACUUAAAGGCCUUAUUCAAGUGCUUGUAAAUGCUUUCAUUCCUGGCUUUUUGUUUUUCUUCAUUUUCUUUCAGAAGAUUUUUCUAACUUAGGGUUUGUCUUGCAUGUAUUACAACCAGAACAUGGUGUUUGGAACCUAAAUGUGCUUGUGCUUCUGCAUCAAAGGAAUCUUUGCUUUGUUGGUUGAUAACCUUUGAUGAAAUGAGACGUGUGCACACAACGUUAGCUGUGAAAGUUACACACAGUGCUGACUUCAGAGUGCCUGUUCUGUACAUUUUAUUUUGAACUGUUCUGGUGUAAGUUUCUUAUGGUUUGUCACACUGGUUAAUGUGAAGCCUUAUCAUAAAGUUCACUUUGUCUUUGAGACAUAAGAAAAAAUUUUUUCAAUUUUACAGGCUAAUGUUGCAAAUGAAUAGUUUGUAAAAUAAAUCAUUCCUGUGUAUAAAGCAGCAAAGCAUAA